AUGUUUAAUGAAGCAGUAACUAUUAAGCGUGCUCAUAAGUUGGAUACACUCUCUGUGGAUUUUGACGAGGAGCUUUCCAAAUUGUCAGGUGAUAAAUUAAAAAUGAUCCGGGAUUCCCGCAAAUUCCAUUUCACCAAUUAUUAUAAAUACAUGGAAGUGCAAUAUAAGCUUAUUACCCGUUAUACAGGCGUACCUGAUACAUACCAUAGCCGUAUUGCCACUAUCACGAUUUUAUUAUAUUUUCUUCACUUGGUUUUUCCUUCCAACACCAAGAGGGACUACGAUGCAAAGCGUGUCGUACCAAUACUUGUCGGUAUUGAUGUGGAGAAUAUGCCUGAGACAUUAGCUGUAGGGGAAUUAAACGAAAAGCACAAGAAUGAAUUUACCUUGAAUGUUCUAUUUCAUUUAUCGUUGCAGCCAACAGACCUUCAAACUUCUAUCUAUACUGUAAUGUAA